CCCUCCAUGCCCUGCAACAGACGUGCGUGACCUACUGACUUCCUUUGCUUUUCCAUAACUUUCCCGGCCCACUUCUAUUUACUACAAAGGCCCACAUUUUUUCCUUCCUUUUGUUUUUAGUCACCCACAAUAACGUGGUCCCUGAGACCAAAACAACGGAUUGGGCCUGAUGAGCGAACCCAAAGUCCAACGGUAUUCUUAAACGUAAGAAAAAGAAGUUUCAGACGUGACCGGGCCGGGCUGGGCCGGGCCAGAAGUAUAUUGGGUUUAUCUACUAAUUCUUCUACUCCACUUGUCGGCCUCGCCACGAGGAUCCAUCCAUCGACUUUGAUGUCUGGUAAUUGAAUCAUCGUGGACAACUUGGCUGUCGAAUUUUUUUUUUUUUUACAAAAGAUAAUCUUAUAUAGAUUGAUAGAAAUAGAUCAUUACACCCUGAAAAAGCAGCCAGGCCAGAUAAUCAAAACGACUUGUAGUCGGGUACAAAGAGGGCUUUUCGAGCCACCAAAUGAGCUACCCUAUUGCGACGCCGACCUACAAAUCGAAUAGUAAACCCCAUGUUCAUGUCAAACAACUGGACAACCUCUUCAAGAAUCGAUCCCACUCGAUUAUCCCUAACAUCUCGCCGAAGAAUCUUCUCAAUGGUUGGCUGUCGAUUUGAGACGGUCUUUUACCGACAUUUUUAUGUACCGAUAGAGAGCAAGCAAGUGACCAACCAAUGGAUAUUCACUUCGUAUGAUUAUUGAAUCAAGGACCAAUCAGCUUCAGAUUUGGGAAAGAUAAGGGAAUGGAUUAUGGUGUCAAUCGCAUAGGGGGUUGACACGGUGCCAACCAUGAUCAGAAUUCUACAUUUAGGUUAGUAAUUCAACCGAUGAAAAGACAUUGAUGGCAAAUUGGAUAAUCAAGGGGUUGAAAGCACAAACCCUCCAUGUUUAGCGUAAGGAUACCGGUUUUGCUUUUUUUGUUUUAAAUCGAAACCAAAUUGAUUAUGACGUAUCAGUUAUGAAUUUUCGAUCUCGAGCCGACAUUUACAGUGAGGAGUUUCUAGUAGUGUACAAGUAGUGGUCGUGUCAACUAACUAUUACGUUGUGGUAAUGUUCUAGCUUCUAACAUGUUAUUAUGGUACUAUUGAUUAUGAACCAUCAUAAUUUCAUUUUUCAGUAUAAAGGUCAAGAAACCCCCCAUUAAUGUUUUUGCCCUCCAAGAAGCCCUAAACCCUAGCUCUAAGAAUGGCUUAAGGAAUGGAAUAAAUGUCAUUGGAAGUUCCACUUCAACACGGCUAAUAAAUUUGCCAUUCCUGUUCCUAUGCAAAUGGCAAAACUUUAUCGGUUCUCACCUGACCUGCCACCGCCCUUCUAUUAUAAUAAAGUUUAUAACCACAAUUAACAGAGAAACCAAAGUUGGUGGCUGUGAUUCUGUCGCUAACCGGUGGCUUUUUUUUUUGAGGAACGAAGUACAAAAACAAUCCGUAGUUUGAAACUUUGAACAAUUCUCCCACUUCAUAAUUUCCCCCCUAAUCCGACAAUUAACAAAAACGACGCCAUCAACCUCCAUUAACCACAACUAGCUUGAGCUUUCAACCUAACCCUAUUUUUCUCUCUUGUCCAUAUCCCCCCUCCCAACCAAACCUACUACCUCCGGCUAUGUCAGAUAUGUUGGACGGGAGUCCAUGCGAGCUAGUGUUAUCGAAUUAUUUCCACGGACCUUUUAAUACGAAAUUAAAGUUCGUGCGAACUAUUGUUAUCGAAUUAUUUUCACGGACCCGAAAUUGAAGUUUGUAGCCGAAACUAUUUUUAUUGAUACGCAAGACCGGGAUGAAUGCUAUUUUGUUGGACUUUUAUUUAACACGGAACACAGACCUCUUCAGCUAAGGAAAAUGUCAAUCGCAAAGGAAAACAUGACUUCACAAAAUGGAAAAAAGGAGAAUAGAAAAUAAACGAAAUCCGACCCAAAAAUCUCUGCAAAUUUAGCACAAUAACGGCAUGUUGAACUCCAUAGAAGAGUACCGGUAGUUGUAAGCAAGCAAACCAGAAUCGCGUCUGGUCGCUGGGAGGUUCUUUUCUUUCUCUGCGUCGUCGGAUUAAUUAACUCUCAAACUUUAUCCUCCUCCGCCUAACAAAUCUAUCUCCCUCCCGUCUCCCAUGAAAGCAAAUCCCCUUUUCAUAAAUUAAUUAGGUCAGACUUCAACUUCUCUCAUCUUUCCCUCCAAAUCUCCCCUCGUGCAGGAUUUUGUAGGGGGUUUUCUUUCUCUUUCUCCCCUCUUUGACAUCCGCGUUCCUCAUUCCUUUGGUGACCGGUCUAUUCGGGGGGAGUCGAGGAAAUUCAAACUCGGAAAUCAUACUAUUCUGGACUCUUGCUCUGUUUCACCCCCACUUCCCUUCGAGAUGAAACAAGGAAGAGGAUUGGGAAGGUUAUAUUGAAUGAAUGGUUGGUUGCGGCAACCAUGUUUCUCCCCCCACCAAACCCCUUUCAGAGCGACGAAUCAUGGGGUUGGGCAUGGGUUCUUCUUCUUCCGGUACCACCCGGAAAUUGCUUCCUUUUGCGGCCUCUUUCUGGGUUUGCUUCUCCACUCUGUUCCUUGCUCUGUUUCGCUUCCUCACCGGAACCACCACCACCGCGGCUCUCGGCAGAGCCGAAACCAGCGGUGCCGCCGUUUAUGUAGCGAAAAGCUCCGACUUUGUAGAACCUGGGGAGCUGCCUGAAAUGGGGACUGAACCUGGAAUUGAAGCGGAGUCGGACGUUUCUGAAUUUAGAGAUGAAGUCACGGAAGUGAAGGAUGAUUCAGGGGAUGAGAAGUCUCCCAAACUCGUCGAUUUUGUAGAACCGGAGGAGCUCGCUGAAAUAGGGGCGGAACCAGAAAUUGAAACGGGGACGGACUUUUUUGAAUGUAGAGUAGUCAAGGAAGAGAAAGAUGAUUCAGGAGAUGAGAAGAAGUCCCCCAAAUUCAUGUUCAAAUUCGAGUACCAGAGCUACAGAGAAGAAGAAGAGCAAGAGCAUAUUGAAUUUGAGCUUUCUUCUCCGUUGGACUCUAUACCCACCGCUUCAACUACUAGUAAGUACGAAUUCUUGUCCGGAAAGGAUUUUAGUCACUAUGUGGAGGAGCCGGAAGCCGUUCGCCUCACCGUGAAGGAGUGUUUUCUCGGUUCCGAUGAGGGUUUUGCAGCCGCCGGCGAAGUUUCCAAAGUUGUUGAGCCGGAAUUUCUUGUUGACAAGAAGGUAGAAGAGAUUCCAGUUGAUGUUCUUCCAUCUAAUGACGAUGCUGCAACUGAGGCGGAAUCAUUUGAUCAAGAGGCUUCAAUCAGCAAAGGGAAGAAGACAGUUGAUUUUGAGCUGCCACCAGGGGAUUUAUUCAUGGGUGAUGAACUGGACUUGGAGUCGAUAGCUUCAAGCAGUGGAUUCAUGAGUCGUUCCCUCUGCUCAACCAGUGAUGAUGACGGGUUUUUUUCAGAUUGCGAUUCUGAAAAAGAGGGAAUGAUGAAUUUUCUCCACAGCUUGAACUACGAGGAAGGCGUCGAUGAUCUCGAGGAUGAAGAAUCACAACCUGAAGUGGGUUCCGUGGUAAAUGAUCCAAAGGGCAGUAAAGAUUAUUCUUUUAAGUCUGAUUCAAAGGAUGAUCCAUCUGGUUGGGACUCUGAGGACACUAGUAAUGGAUUGGAGAUAUUGUGGGAGCAUCAAGAAUUGAUAGAGCAGCUGAAAAUGGAGCUGAAGAAUGUUAAGGCGACUGGGCUCCCAACCAUUUUGGAAGAUGACGAGUGUCCAAAGAUUGUGAUGGAAGAUUUGAAGCCAUGGAAGAUCGAGGAGAAGUUCCACCAUGAAGAUAGGAUGAGCGAGCUUCACAAGUUCUACAAGAGCUACAAGGAAAGAAUGCGCAAGUUCGAUAUCUUGAAUUACCAGAAGAUGUAUGCAACAAGUUUUCUGCAGUCCAAGGACCCAUUUCAAUCCACGUCAGCAACUAAGAAAAUUGAGGCUUCAGCUUUGGGAACCCUUUUCACACAGAAGCUGAUGCUACUCAAGCGCAAGAAGUCCAUUUCUGAUCCAAUGGCAAAUUUCAUGAAGGAAUUGCAGGGUGUGUUAGAAACAGUGUAUGUUGGACAAAUGUGCCUCUCUUGGGAAAUCCUACAUUGGCAGUACCAGAAAGCAUUAGAGCUCUACGAUUCUGACCAUUUUGGUACGAGGAUAUACAACGAAGUCGCAGGCGAGUUCCAGCAGUUCCAAGUUCUGCUGCAAAGGUUCAUCGAGAACGAGCCUUUUGAAGGCCCGAGGUUGCAGAACUAUGUCAAGAAGCGUGUUGUGAUGCGGAAUUUGCUCCAAGUUCCUGUCAUUAGAGAGGACGGGAGCAAGGAUAAGAAGGCAAGAAGAAGAAUAAGAGGGAAGGACGGUGGGGCGAUUACAAGCGACCAGCUGGUGGAGAUAAUGGAGGAAUCAAUCAGAAUCAUGUGGAGAUUCAUUCGAGCCGAUAAAGAUUCACAUACUGCAAAACAUUUCAAUACAGGGAAGAAAGGAACUCAAAUAGAGCCACGUGAAGAUCCUGCUCAUCUCGAGUUGCUCUCAGAAGUCCACACAACUCUUCAAAAGAAGGAAAAGAGGUUGAAGGAGAUGGUGAGGAGUGGUAGUUGCAUACUGAGAAAGUUUCAGAAGAAGCAGCAGAAACACGACGAUGAAGAAAGUAGUAGUCCGUCGUCGGAUAAUGUGCUGUACUUCUUCUGUCAAGUGGACAUGAAGCUGGUUGCCAGGGUUCUUAACAUGUCGAAAAUAACGACCGAGCAGUUGCUGUGGUGUAGGAGUAAGUUGAGCAGGAUCAGUUUUGUAGGGAGGAGGGUUCAUGUUGACCCUUCUUUUUCUCUCUUCCCUUGCUAGUUAGUUGCUAGUACUAGUAGUAAUAAUGCUACUGUAUAUUUAUACCUCUAGGCACAUUUUUCUGUAUAUAGUGUAGUGUAGUGAGGGGAACUAUCUUGCAUUCCAAGGCACUUAGGGGGAAAAACACUAAUGAGAGUUGAUGAAAUCAAGAAGGCACUUCUGUUAGCGGGCAAGAACUACUGUACAUCAGCUACUGACAGAGAUGUAUAUCUCUGCAUUGUCAUUUCUUCUAGAGCUUUUCUUUUUGGUUUGAUUUAAUAUGAAGAGAGUUUCAGCCAAAUGGGAGCUGGUUGACUGGAAACUUUUAGUCGGCCAUCAAACCCACACGUUUGGAAUACGUGGGUGGAUGUAUACGCAAAACCAGUCAACCAGUUGGCGGUCGUCCAAAUGUGAAAUGUGCAACCCCCAACUCCAAUGGGAAAGGAAGUAAGCAAACACUUUUCACACCUUAAUUUUGUUAUUUACCGUCCAAACAUUUACAUUGAGAUUUCAAAAUAAAAGGUAUUUUACUCGGUUUUAAAUUAGAAUAUUUAUAAGAAAGCAGAGUAAAUCGGCAUUAUGAUAUGUAACAAAAUUAGUAUAAUUGAUAAAAAAAAGUAUUAUCUACUUUAUAUAAAUCAGGCAAAACAAAAUUUAAUUGUGCAAUAUGAUUUUAGUUACAACAAGAUAUAUGCUAACCUUCCAACUUGAUAGAAUGAAUUAUAUCAAUCACAUUCAAAUAGGUGAUAGACCCUUCUAGAUAGAGCUCCUAAGUUCAAAGGCUCAUGGUCAAUAAGACAAUAACCCAUUACUAAGGUCAAUGUUUUGAACAAGGUUCUAAAAGGCGCUAGGCGUAAGGCAGGCGCUCGGCUCCUGACUUGCGCCUUGCCUGAUUAGGCGUAGCCUAGGCGCGCCUAGGCGUUCAGAGCAUAAAUGGAAAAAGUUCUCAAAUAUUUACUGUUUUCUGGAAUAAUUCAUAUAAUCCAAGUGCAUAUAAAAUUAGUAAUGCCUAGUUCUUAACAGUAAACACUUAACAUAACAAAUAACAAGCAAUAGUGACCACUUCCUAGAAUCACAAGUUCAUAAAAUGUCGAAAUACUAAACCAUAGUCAAUAAGUUCAUAAGAUAAUGUUCAUUCUUCAUCAUCCAAGUAGGUCCGUCCAGCCACCACUACAUCUUCAUCAUCCUCCAAAGCAAUCUCCUCACCAUCCUCCUCCUCUUCCUCCUCUUCACACUCUAAUUCUUCAUCAUGGAGCUCUCUCACUCGUGCACUCCUACGAAGCUCACUCUGUUUACCCGUCAUUGCAUCUGUAACAGUACUUGAGGGUGCACAAUGUAAUUCCUCAUCCUCAUCUACGAAUACAUACAUAGCAUGGUCAUCCCCUAACCGUGUUUCUGAUUUUCUAGGGCAAGAGGCAAUUUUAUGAUUUUCUAGGACAAAACGAAGAGUAUUGGGUUUAACCGCCUAAGCUCGCCCAGGAAUGCCCAGGCACGCCUUCUCUCCACUAGGCGCAAACUAAGCGCUACCAGCGCCUUUUACAACGCCUAUGGCCAAGUCAAGGCGAUCCUCCACUGCCUAGCGCCUAAUUGAGCCUAGGCGUGCGCCUAGGCGCGCCUUCUUGAACCCUGGUUUUGAACUAACAUAUUUCGAGGAAAUAGAUUUUUUGUUUUUUG